AUGGAUACUGGUCUUCCGAUGCCUCCUUCCUGCAAUGAAGUUCUGUUUGAAUGCUGUUUCGAGGGCAGUGAAACUCGAUAUGCUCUCGUAAGGCAACUAGGUGACCCAGGUCUUCAGGCAAGUAUAGAGAAAAACUGCAUCUAUUUUGGCGGUGUUUGUCAGGAAGAGGCAAGUCAAUUGGCUAAGAGAAUACAGAUGCCUAUUGGCACCCUGCCAUUUAGGUACCUUGGAGUCCCUCUAGCAUCAAAGAAACUUAACUUCUCACAAUGUAAACCCCUCAUUGAUAAGAUUACAGCAAGGGCUCAAGGUUGGGUAGCUCAUUUGCUAACUUAUGCUGGAAGAUUACAAAAAUUUCUAUGGACUGGAACAGUGGAUACUAGCUCUAAGGCUCCUGUGGCCUGGGAUUUCUUGCAACAACCAAAAACUACUGGUGGCCUAAAUGUAACUAAUAUGGUGUUAUGGAACAAAGCAACAAUUCUUAAGCUUCUUUGGGCUAUGGCUUUCAAACAGGAUAAACCGUGGGUUAGAUGGGAGAAUGCCUAUUACAUCAAGAGACAAAGUCUAGAAAAUGUUACUGUUAGCAGUAACACUUCAUGGAUACUUAGGAAAAUUCUUGAAGCUAGAGAAUUGUUGGUAAGAACUGGAGGAUGGGAGACAGUGAGCACUCAAUGGAAAUUCAGCAUAAAGAAAACCUACAAGCUCCUCCAAGAAGAUUAUGAUAUUGUGGUCUGGAAAAGCAAGGAAGUCUGGUGCAAGGUCCUGAGGUACUUGAACACUCAGCCUCAGGUUAAUGCUCAAAUUGAACUAGAGUUGGUUAUAAAAAGAGCUCGCAGCACUAAGGAUAGAAGUAAGUUGUUUGUUAUGAUGUACACAGAGGCUUUGUAUGCCAUAUGGUUACAGAGAAAUGCUAAAGUGUUUUGA